AUGUCUACCGAACGGAAACUCUCCCUCGAAAAGGCAGAUCACUGGGAGGACUGGGAACAGGAGCUACUACGCAAAGCCGCCUACCACAAGAUUUUGGGCAUAGUAAAAGGCUUGGAAGAGCCACUGGCAGAGCCACCAUAUCCGACUCCCCCGUCCGACAUAGACGCAGGCCCAAAACCCAUGCCACGCAUGGUUCCUCGAACUGGUACAGUAACUAGAUCCCAAUCCUCAGCAUCAACAGUGACCCCAGGCCCGGACGACCUCGUCCUUCAACCUCCAUCAGAGGAGGAAAAGAGGGCGUAUGAGCAGAUUUGCGGUGAUAUUAGCCUAGAAAGACAUGGACCAAAGCUGCUAUCACCAAAUAAAGCGUUAGCACUGCAGCCAGGAUGGCGAUACUACUACAUAGUAUAA